CUGAUGGUAUAAACGUCUUCUCUGGUGUCAUGGCAGGCGUUUUAUUUCUGUGAUUUGGCUUUUUUUGCCUUCAGUGUUUUCAGGUUCUGCAGGACGGUGGGAUUUCCUCAGACUGGCAUGACAGAGAAAGGUCGGGUGGCUCAUCUUUUGUUACAGAUCCUAAAGCUAAAAGGACCCCUGGGAAUGUUAUGACUGCUGCCUGUGGCCGUAUCUUCAGUGUUUAUUGCUGUUCUCCACGCUGGAAUCCCGUCCUCAGAUGAGAACAUAAAACGCAGAGAGCUGUCUGUUAUUCUCGACUGACUGGAGGACUUGAUUGACAGCACAGCAGAGUCAGCGUCACUACAAUUGACUGGAGAAACAAACUUCUUACCUGACAGAGAAAAUGGCUGGCGAUAAAUUGGCAGUCAAGACGAGCGCCACUAUCGUUCCCUGCUUUUUGUUUGUGGAGCUGGUCAUCAUGGCAGGCACCGUUCUCCUGGCUUACUAUUUCGAAUACACCGACACCUUCCCCGUUCACAUCCAGGGCUUCUUCUGCUUCGACAAGUCCUUCUCCAAGCCUUACCCCGGGCCUGAAGAUAACAGCAAAGCCCCGCCGGUCCUGGUCUACUCCCUGGUCACUGCCAUCCCAACCAUCACGAUCCUGGCAGGAGAAUUAACGGCUUUCAUCCUCAAGAUAGACGGUGAACGAGAGAAGACCAUCACUACGGGGGACUGCUGCUACUUCAACCCGCUCCUUCGCAGAAUCGUGCGAUUUCUUGGUGUUUACUCUUUUGGACUUUUCACCACAACCAUCUUUGCAAAUGCUGGCCAAGUGGUAACUGGCAACCAGACUCCCCACUUCCUAACGGCUUGUCGUCCUAACUACACCGCCCUUGGGUGCCAGUCUCCCAUGCAGUACAUCACAGAGAGACGGGCGUGCACGGGCAACCCAGUGGUCGUGGCAGCGGCAAGGAAGUCGUUCCCCUCCAAGGAUGCGGCUCUCAGCAUCUACUCGGCGGUUUAUACGGUGAUGUACGUGACGCUCAUCUUCCGCACCAAGGGGACACGGCUGACGAAGCCGGCUGUGUGUCUGACUCUGCUCUCACUGGCUGUUCUGGUCGGAGUGGUGCGGGUUACGGAAUAUCGGAAUCACUGGUCGGAUGUGCUGGCGGGCUUCCUCACGGGGGGCUCGAUCGCAGCGUUUCUGGUGACCUGCGUGAUCAACAACUUCCAGAGUCGACGGCCGCCCCUGCCAAAGCUGCCACGGCCAGAGCCCUUGGUGGGCAUGCCAAUGAUGACUUUGCCGUGUGUCGAGAGUCCACUUGAAAAGCUCAGCGAGUUGCCUUCUCCGAGGUCACAUGAGCGCCAGCCCUACUUGUUUCCCGCCACCCCGGAUGUGCUCAUCCCAUCCCGGUCCAUCUCCAGCGAAGUUUAGCCUCUGGCACCACAGACCCCCACCCUCAACCCCCCCCUAAGACCAAGACGUGAACCCAGCACAGCAUUUCACCCACCUGCCCACUACAACUGUCACCAGCAGGCCAUCAGCCUCACUGGAGCCUCCAUGCCACCGGCUAAGGACCCCACAGGAGGAGCUGAAGGAAGAUCUGUGUACCCGUCAGUGUGGUUUGAGGCAUGGUGCCACCCCACCAUUCAAGUGCUGGUCCCUCCUUCCGAAGACUGGUGAGAGAUGUUUGGGGACCCUCAGGGCGACAGCAGAGCACAGGAAGGAAAGACCCAGGUGGCAGCGUGCCCUCGUCUUCUGCAUCUCCUUCGACUCCUUCUGCUCAAAUGGACUGCAGACCCUGACUUGGCCUUGGCAGUUGCUCCAGUGUUUGGGAUGGCACCUUGUCCAGAAUGUGGCAUCCCACCUCUCGCCCCAUUCUUUGGCAGCUGCAGUAUGUCUGCUCAGGGUGGGAUGGCAAAUGGGGCAAAGCAAUGAUGGGCAUUGAGGCCGAGUGAAUCCACGGGUAUUUAGAAGAAGGCUCCAGUGCCAGGAGACCUUUACUGUACAGCAGCAUGGGACCUGGGGGGCACCUCUCUCUGCAUAACCUACCCACUUUAGGGUACAAUUUACUAAGCACUAAAGUGCCACUCACAGCCAACCAUAAAAAGAGAGAGAUGCAGGUACCCAUCCUGUACCCUCUGCUUUGCCCUUCCCUCCUCAGACAAAAUCUUCAUCACAUUGGCAGAUGAUCAGACCCUUGCAUCCGCCUGGCACCUAGUUCAGGAUGUGCUGCCAGCAUCCUAUCCGGUACCUACUGGCUUUGGUUAUGAUGCCCAUGUGAAUGCCAAUGCCUUCAUUCCCUAUCCGUCGCCACAGUGCCCAUGUCACGGGUUGGUCAGCCAUGGACACACAAUGCCACGUAACCAUAUUAAAGAUGUCUGCCGCACGGGUGGCUAAUCCAAUCCCUGUAUCCCUUGCCAGUGCUCUACCAUCUGUGUCCUUUAGCGGGCAUCUGACUCUUCAUGUGAGCACAGUGUCACCUUCUUCCUGCUGAUUGCCACUUGCUUCAUUCCUGGAUGCCAUCUCUGUCACACUUUUUGCAGAGCUCUGUGCCACCCCUGCUAUAGACCUUUCAUGUCCUAUUUGAGUGACACUGCAAGCUUGGCCCACUGUGGCACCCCGGGUAACAGAUGGUGGUGCCAACUUAAAGAGUGCGUCUCCUUUCCCACAAAUGGGGUUACAGAGAUGCCAACUUGAAGCUCAGCUGCACUGUGACUGCUGGCACUUCUUCAACACAAAAAGAAUUUUGUGAGCUGGCUGGCAUGGAGAACGGGACGAUUUGGCCUCAGUGGCUUUGUGAAAUGGGCAGCCCUGCCAGUCCCAGCUCCUUGUCGUGGCUUUGUCAUUCCCGGGAGACCUUCAGGCCACCAGCAGCCCUGCGCCAACACUAGGGCUGGGUGCGGUGGUGCCCCCUGCUGGCACUGACUGCCCCUUUUUUUAUACGCUUUUUCUACGAACGGCUCCCAGCAGACUCCUGAGCACAAUGGGAAGCGCCACAGCCGCCGUGGCCACCGUUUUGACCACCCCAGCACCAGCAGGUGGUCGCCCUGUCGAUGACCACACAUUAUGGCCAAAUGUGAUCAUUAAAGCCAAGGGGUCGCCCUUUACCUGUGGGGGGGAAAGCAAAGGAGCGGAAGGCGGCGCCCCGUCUGUCGCGUGUGACGUGCAUGCUGUGACUUUCUCGCGUCUGUGUUUGUUACGGUGGGCGCGUGCUGGGGUUCGGUGUGAACGUCAGGCCUCACUGGUUCUUCAAACAUUUCUUUUGUAUUCUUUGUAUUAAAGUGGGAGCUCAGCUCUGUGUGGAAA